AUGAGUCAUUGUACGUGUAUAAUAUCUCUUCUUGUCAUUCUGACAUUGUCCAAUGGUCAGAAAUUCGGAGAUGUGGACAGGGAAACUGCUUUACAAAACAUGUUUUUCAAGAGAUAUAAUCGGUAUAGCAAACCUGUAUUGAAUAUUACCACUAGUGUUCCGUUUGGAAUGGAACUUGUUCUGUUCGGUAUAGAAAAGGUGGACGAGAAAUCACAGACAUUUUCAUCCGUUAUCUUGUUGUUUUACAAUUGGAGAGAUGAGUACUUAUGCUGGAAUACAUCUGAAUAUGAAACAAGAUAUCUUCGGGUUCCAGCUAAACAAAUAUGGGUUCCGUCCAUUUGUACAGCUAACGAGCUUGCUGGUAAGAGAUGUAUGACUUACGAAUCUGUGAAAGAAAACGAGGCUUUGAUUCAUUACACAGGACUUGUCACCUUGUAUCACCCAACUAAAAGUACCAUUCAGUGCAAAAUCAAUUUACGGAAAUAUCCCUUCGACGAACAGGAAUGCACUUUUGAAUUCAAGUCAGUGUUUGCAUCAAUAUACCAAUUAGAAAUGAAUGAAGAUUAUUCUUUGGUUGAUACAUCAUAUGGAACAUACAGUGGUGAGUGGAGCAUGGUGUCUACAGAGAAGAAAAUUCAAAGUAGACAAGAUGAAAAUAACCAGUCUUUGGACUACGCUCUGGAUUUUACAAUAAAGAUACGACGGCGUCCUACGAUAGCGAUUCUUAUGUAUCCGCAAAAUGAUGAGUAUGAGAGAGAAGUUGAUAUAUCUGGAUAUCGUCUGAAGACUUCCACAGAAGGAACAAGGAAACCUAAUCCAGCUGUCGGGUCAGAAGAACCCACUACAAUCAAAACACGUAGCAAUAAAGAUCUUGCCUUAACAAUGGAGAACGUGUUCAUUGUAUGCAUCAUUCGCAUUAAUUUUGUGUCGUUGUGUCUCCUGUUUGCAAACAUUCUGUGA